AUGGAAACCUCCGCCUCCAUCCAUCAUGGCCCAUAUGAGUCGAUUCCCUCGAGUGCAUCGCCCGGCCUACGAUUUCUGCAGCGUCUUCUCCCAGCCCUAGACACUCUCGACCCAACAGACCACCCGAUCGGUCCUCUUUUCACUCCUAACGCCCCAGUCCUCAUCGGCAGCAAUCCACCCAGCGCUGCAAGUCAAGCUGUCCCGCUCCUGGAAGUACGCAGCCGUCAUCUCGAGCGAUUUCAUCACCACCUUCACGUGGCUUGGGACCUGGACUUGAGCCACGAUUCCGGCCCGGACCAUACCUCCUACUCUUACCCCACAACAGCAGCCGAUGGCGAGGGCCACAUCGACGCCGAGCAAUCCGACCUCUACGCGCCCCUCCGUGGCAACAUACGCAUGAAACGCACCGUGAUGUUCGAGGCGACUUGUGAAACCGUCUUCAAGAACGACCCCGAUCAAUUCCCUGUCAAGGUGCGCGAGUUCAACGUCGUUGAUCUCGAGGGCCGCGACGAGUCUGAUUUGCAGGUCGUCGAGAUGCGCAUUUUCAUGGACUCAAGGCCGGUGCAGGCCCGCGCUGCUUCUUUACAGAUGGAGUCGGCUUUUGGCGAGUCGCAGAGAGAGGCCGACCCUGGUUAG